UGAGUUACAGGAAAGUCUCCAAUGCUACACAGAGAAACCCUGUCUCAAAAAAAAUUUUGAAAAAAGGAAGAAUGGAAUUUUCUACAGUGAUGUUAUAGCCUUGAGACAAACAGCACCCAGGGCUACUUAAAACGACAUCCCUAUGGUUUGCACAGAAAGAGCUGUGGCCUUCCACUGAGCCAGCCCUUUCAGAGGCAAAAUCAGCUUCAUUCUGAGGUUAAUAUAGUUCAUCAUAACCAUUCUUCUGAAAGCAGUGUAUACAGUGCUAUGAAGUGAUUUUCCUUGAUGUUUUCUGUAUUUAGUCCAUCCUUGAAUCCCUAUUAACAGAACCAACAGAAAUGGACUCAGCAGGUUUUAUUCAUAUAUUUGUACAUACAUAUUCUCACAUGCUUAACAAGGAAGAAAUUGGAAGUGAAAAAUUUGGGAAAAGACGGAGAGAACACAAGGAAGGGAGAGAUUGAUUAAAUACAUAUUAAUUAAAAUCUAUGAAAAUAAAUUUUAAAUAAAAAAGUGGCCUUGAGAGAUAGCUUAACAGUUAAAAGCAGCACCAUGUGUUUUUAAAUAGGACACAAGUUACAUUAAAGCUAACCAUCUCCGGUAACUCUCGUCUAGCCUUGCAAGUACUCAACACAGACUCCUGGAGACAAACAGCCAUAUACAUAAUAUAAAAUAAAGCUUAAAAAUGAAAUUACCUGCAAUGAUGUCACAGCCCUUAGACAGACAGUAGGCAGGGCUAGUUAAGAUGAAGAUGAUCUCUUUCCCAUCCUGCAUGCUUGUAACACAUUCUAUGAAAUAAACUUUCUACAUAGAAAGAUUUAUUCUACCAGUCCUGAUAAUGUUGAGAAUCUUGAAUAAUGCAAUUUUUUUCACCCCCUUAUGGAAGAAGAUGUCCUGGCUAACAAUGCUGCUCAUAAAUGCAUUCUUCCUAGCUCCAUUAUUCUCUAAAUAUUCAACUUUCCAUGAAGACUACACUUUACUAUUAUUUAAUUUGCCAACAAUAUGCUCUGAAUUUUAGGAGAUAAACUCCUUAAGCAAGGGAGUCAUCAUCUAGCCUUCUGAUGGGAGAAAGGCUUAUUAUCUUGUUUGUGAUCUAGUUACUGCUUCUCAUUGCUGGUUUUCUGAAGUCCCUGUGACAACUUGGUAAAAAAUACCUUCAGUUCACCUGGUGUUAGUGUUAAGACACACAACAAACACUCUCUUUGUGUGUCUUUAUAUAUCUCUUUAGUUGUUAAUAUUCUGUUGUGUCCAGCAGAAAGAAGGAAAAUUGCCUAUGGAGAUCGGAAGAGAAAGGGGUCUGCUUUGUAGCCAGGGGCAAGUGCUAUUGAUAUGCGCAUGUAUGUUGAUCUAGAAAAAGUCUUUGGGGAGGAAAGGAGGGACGGGAACCUUUGUGCUGUGUUUUUAAGCACUUUGUGACCCUAUGGGAGGUGCUCUUGUCACUCACGUCUCACUAUCCAAUCAGGUCCUCCAGGUGACCUGCCAGUCAAAAGUGGUGCAGGGUUCUUCCGGUGACCACUGGCUUCAGUCUUAUCUUUGAAGAGGAGCUGGCACCGUCUGCUUUUUGUGGUGUGCUGUGAGUGCUGCUGCAGGGAGCUGAGCAGAGAGCAUGGCUGAGCUGGGAAACCAUGACAUGAAUGCAGUGACCUAUGAUGAUGUGCAUGUUGACUUCACUUGGGAAGAAUGGACUUUGCUGGAUCCUUCCCAGAAGAAUCUCUACAAAGAUGUAAUGCUGGAGACCUACAAUAACCUCAUUAUUAUAGGAUACAGUUGGGAAGACCAUCAUGUUGAAGAACAUUAUCAAAGUUCUAGAAGACAUGUAAGGCAAGAAAGAAGCCAAACUGGAGAGAAACCUCUAUAUACUCUAUGUGGUAAAGCCUUUGCAUAUCAUAGUCAGCUUCAAAGCCAUGAAAGUACACAUAUUGAAGAGAAAUCCCUUGAAUGUAAUCAGUGUGGUAAAGCCUUUGGACAUCAUGAUGCCCUUCAAAUACAUAAAAGAACACAUACUGGAGAGAAACCCUAUGAAUGUAAUCAAUGUGUUAAAGCCUUUGCACAUCACAAUAAUCUUCAAAUACAUAAAAGAGCACAUACUGGAGAGAAGCCCUUUGAAUGUAAUAUGUGUAGUAAAGACUUUGCACAUAAUAGCAAUCUUAAAAUGCAUAAAAGAACACAUACUGGAGAGAAACCCUUUGAAUGUAAUCAAUGUGGGAAAUCCUUUGCUUAUCACAAUGCUCUUCAAUUUCAUAGAAGAACACAUACUGGUGAGAAACACUAUGAAUGUAAUCAAUGUGGUAAAAUGUUUGCAUUUCAAAGUAGCAUGCAAAAACAUAAAAGAAUACAUACUGGGGAGAAGCCUUUUAAAUGUAAUCAAUGUAGUAAAGUCUUUGCACAUCACAGUAAUCUUCAAGUACAUAAAAGAAUACACAGUGGAGAGAAACCCUUUGAAUGUAGUCAAUGUGAAAAAGCCUUUACACAACACAGUCAUCUUCAAGUACAUAAAAGAAUACACAGUGGAGAGAAACCCUUUGAGUGUAAUCAAUGUGAAAAAGCCUUUGCUCGUCGGAGUGUUCUUCAAGUGCAUAAAAGAAGACAUAUUGGAGAGAAACCCUAUGAAUGUAAUGAAUGUGGUAAAGCAUUUGCCUGUCAAGGUAAUCUGAAAAUGCAUAAAAGAAUACAUACUGGGGAGAAACCUUUUAAAUGUAAUCAAUGCAGUAAAGCCUUUGCAUAUCACAGUAAUCUUGAAGUACAUAAAAGAAUACACAGUGGAGAGAAACCCUUUGAAUGUAAUCAAUGUGAAAAAGCCUUUACACAACACAGUCAUCUUCAAGUACAUAAAAUAAUACACAGUGGAGAGAAACCCUUUGAGUGUAAUCAAUGUGAAAAAGCCUUUGCUCGUCGGAGUGAUCUUCAAGUGCAUAAAAGAAGACAUACUGGAGAGAAACCCUAUGAAUGUAAUGAAUGUGGUAAAGCAUUUGCCUGUCAAGGUAAUCUGAAAACGCAUAAAAGAAUACAUACUGGGGAGAAACCUUUGAAAUGUAAUCAAUGUAGUAAAGUCUUUGCAUAUCACAGUAAUCUUCAAGUACAUAAAAGAUUGCAUAGUGGAGAGAAACCCUUUGAAUGUAAUCAGUGUGGUAAAGCUUUUAUACAACACAGUGAUCUUCAAGUACAUAAAAGAAUACAUAGUGGAGAGAAACCCUUUGAAUGUAAUCAAUGUGAAAAAGCCUUUGCUCAUGUGAGUGCUCUUCAAGAGCAUAAAAGAAUACAUAGUGGAGAGAAACCCUUUGAAUGUAAUCAAUGUGAAAAAGCCUUUGCUCAUCGGAGUACUCUUCAAGCGCAUAAAAGAAGACAUAGUGGAGAGAAACCCUUUGAAUGUAAUCAAUGUGGAAAAACCUUUGCUCAACGGAGCGCUCUUCAAAUGCAUAAAAGAUUACAUAGUGGAGAGAAACCCUUUGAAUGUAAUCAGUGUAGUAAAGCCUUUACACAACACAGUCAUCUUCAAGUACAUAAAAGAAUACACAGUGGAGAGAAACCCUUUGAAUGUAAUCAAUGUGAAAAAGCCUUUGCUCGUCGAAGUGAUCUUCAAGUGCAUAAAAGAAGACAUACUGGGGAGAAACCUUUGAAAUGUAAUCAAUGUAGUAAAGUCUUUGCAUAUCACAGUAAUCUUCAAGUACAUAAAAGAUUUCAUAGUGGAGAGAAACCCUUUGAAUGUAAUCAAUGUGGUAAAGCUUUUAUACAACACAGUGAUCUUCAAGUACAUAAAAGAAUACACAGUGGAGAGAAACCCUUUGAAUGUAAUCAAUGUGAAAAAGCCUUUGCUCAUUGGAGUGCUCUUCAAGAGCAUAAAGGAAGACAUAGUGGAGAGAAACCCUUUGAAUGUAAUCAACGUGAAAAAGCCUUCGCUCAUCAGAGUGCUGUUCAAGUGCAUAAAAAGAAGACAUACUGGAGAGAAACCCUAUGAAUGAAAUCCAUGUGAUAAUGCGUAGUCACAACAUAGAGCAUCCCUAUAAUUGUAAAACUUUUAGUGUUUAACUGGUCUCUUAAAUUCUUUGAAUUUAACAGUAGAUUUGAGGAUCUGAAAAAACUCAUGCCAAAAGAAAUGUGAAUAUAAAUGAAUUGGUAUGAUGUUUAGCCAACACACUUACAUUCAAUGACACAAAAUUAUUAAUUUAAAAAAAAUCUGACAUGUGUCAAUAAUCUGUUCAAGUAUUAUAAUAUCUCACUUUAUUUUGUUUACACCUGCAAACUUAUAUGGACAAAAGGCCUAAUUUAAUUGAUAAUGUAACCCUUAUAGUUUCAUACCUCUCUUCUAUGAAUUAUGGUGUAAAAGUUUAUAGAUAUCUAUUAUUGCCUUUUCUAUUGCUUUGACAUAAGAUCAUAUCUAAAUGAACUUACAAAAGAGUUUAAUUUGGCCCCUGGUUCCAGAGCAAUACAUGAACACUUUGAAAGUUGUGUGGGAAGAAGUGGCAGAUAUGGUUGUUAAUGUAGGAAGCUAAUGAUUCACAUUUUUUUUGUUUGUUUUUCAAGACAGGGUUUCUCUGUGUAGCUUUGCACCUUUCCUGGAACUCACCAUGGAGACCAGGCUGGCCUCCAACUCACAAAGAUCUGCCUGCUUCUACCUCCUGAGUGCUGGGAUUAAAGGUGUGUGCUACCACUGCCUGGCAGGAUUCACAUUCUUUACCUGAAUCAUGAUGCUGAAAGUGUAAAAUGAAAAUGGUGUGCAGAUGUAAACUCUCACACCAACCCCCAGUUACAUAUUUCAUCCAGUAGGGCAGCCUUUCUUUUAUCUUCCCAAAUGAUAUCACAGACUAAAAAUGAUUGAAUUCUCUGACUUCAAGCCUACAUGCUUGCUUUCUGUUACAUAAACCAGUUAAUGAUGGAGAAAAACCUUGUAACUCUUUAGAUAUUUAACACACAUGUUACAGGAAUUAAAGUGGAAAAACAUUCAUGAGUGAAAAUUAGUUUCAAUAUUUGUUUUUAUUUUAAUUAUGAAUUGUCUGUAUAUUUUUGGGUGAGUAUGUGUAUGUGCAUUCUGGUUCCCUAGAAGGUUAGACCCUUGGAGCUUCUGGUAGCAGAAAUUACUGGAAGUCAUAUAAAACCAGACCUUGGUCCAGGGAAUUAACUUAUAUUUAAGGCUUGGCCAUGUCUCUGUCAAUAUUUUAAAGCUUUUUAUUUAUAUCAUCUUGAUAUCAGGAAAUAUCUACUAAAUACUCAUGUGAAGACCACAUUUUGAGUUUUUUUUAGCAUAAGAAGUAGAUAUCGAAGUAUACUGAAUGUGUGGCAAAUCCAAUUAGUGAAGUUUAUUUUGUGUUCCUUAUAUUUGUUCUCUGACUAUUGUUCAUCUUCUUUUGUUAUACUUUGUGAGGUAUUUAUCUGCUGCAAUGUAUAAAAUGGGUGCCCAUCAUCUAAGUGGUCCAUUUUUAUUUAACUCACAGGUAGUAUGUGAUCAUAAUUUUUAAGUAGUGUCUGUGAAAUGGGGUGGAUUUUUGUUCCUAGUUUUAUUUUUCAUAUUUUUUGACAAAUUCCCUUGAAAUGUCAGUAAUUAGUCAUGGAGACAUUUCAAUUCAUGACCCUGUGUGACAGUCUCCCGAGUACAUUUCUAAGUGUAGAUGAUGUAUUUCCAAUUAUUUUUGUUUUGUCAAAGCAUUUUAAUGUUAACCUUAAAAUACUUAAUAGAUAUUAAAAUGAUUAAAAAGUUCAUGUGUGUAUCGAAAGAAACAUUUCCAUCUAUCUUUAAGAAAUAUAAUAAUUUAGUCAGUAAUCAACUGUAUAUUUUACAAUAUAAUUUGAUAUACUAUGAAUACAUAUAUACAUACAUACAUAUACAUACAUAUAUAUACAUAUAUAAAAUUUGAAGUUUCACGCAUCUUCAUGUUGUCAUCUGUUAUCCAUUUGGCACUUCAUCUUCAAGUAUUGUCUUCUGAGGGAUUACCCAAUGAUGCCACAUAAUAUAAUAACAGUGAGAUUUACUUUAAAUUUAUUUUUCUGGUGUGUGUGUGUGUGUGUGUGUGUGUGUGUGUGUGUGUGAUGUGACUAUGAGUAUUUAGGCCAUGACAGAAAUGUGGAGAAUAGAAGACAGCUUUAUGAGGUCUACUUUUGUUCAUCCUCAUAUGGUAAUCAUGAUGAGGUCACAGCCUUGUACAACACAGACAUUCCUAACAGAGCUGUCUUAUUGAUGCUCACAUAAGAUUAGUUGAAAUAUUAAAUUAGUAAUAUAUUGCCUUUUUAGGUUGUAAACAUAUUUUCAUUGAAAUAUAAUGGAAAAUAGGAGAAAAUGAAUAAUAAAUCCUAUUAGCUAAUGAAAAUUAUAUUUUUGUCCUCUUUGUUUUUGUUUUUAUUACAUGUAGAAUGAGUUAGUUUAUUCUGAGGACCAAACAUUUGUUCAUAACACUUUCUCUGAACAACAAAUGAAUGUCAGAGAAUAGUUUCUGUGAGUAAUGAUGGUCGCUGCUAAUCCUUAUGUCUUGAGCUCAAUUUUCUAGGAAACCUGUAUCACUCCUACAAAUUUUUCUAUUUUUUCUAUACUUGUAAUGUAGCAUAUGCAUACUCUCACACCAGCACAUACAUAAAUAAUUUUAAAAUCCAAUCUAUUGACAUUGAGGUCACUGGCAACCAAAUGAUUCCCUGGCUUUCAUUUCUAGAACUUGUGUGGAAUAAAUAGAUAACAGACACAAAUAAGUUGUCCUUUCAUUGCCACAUACACAACAUGGCAAAAUGAUAUACACACAUAGUUUAAACAUUUUUAAAUUGAUAAAUUUUAAAAAUUGAAGAAAUUAACUCAAUUAUUGAUGACAUAUGAAAUGAUUUUCUAAUUUAAAUUAUUAUGGAAUUUCGAGAAGUUUUACUAUUCAUCAGAAAUAUUACUGGUUCCAAUUUAUAUGUUAUUUUUAUGUUUAUUUAUCUGAAUCAAAUAUAGGUCAUUUUCAAAACAAAUCUCAGUUGGGCUUAGAGCUGCAUUUCUUUAAUCCAGCAUUUGGGAGAUAGUAGCAUGCCACUCUCCUUUAGUUUGAACUCAGCUUGGUACACAUAGUGAGUUCCAGGACAGCUGGGGAUAUGUAGAAAUAUCAUGUCUACAAAAAAUUCCAAAAAUAAAAUAAUCUUAAAUCAUGGAAUUUAUUCUAAUAUAAUCUGACUGGUUUCAACCAACACUUUCGUUAUCUUUACUCAUGUUAAGGGAACUUUGCUAAUACUGAAAAUAUGACACAAUGAGUAGAGUCCAUUUACAGAAAUAUAGAAAGCCAUUAAAUUUAUUGAAAACCAUCUAGUCAGGACUUUCAUCACCUUCGAGUGACAGAAAACAGAAUGAGUAUUUUCAUUUUUGGCAUUUUAAUGACAUAUUUGGGAGCUGGAGAGUUUUUAUUCUUCUUCUUAGGUACCCAUGUCUGUUUCCUAGCUUCUAUAUCAGAUGGCUCAGAACUACUAGUAUUUCCAGGUCCAGGAGAUCUGUUGCCUUCUUCUGGCCUCCUAGAGCACCAUAUAUGCAAAUGGGGGAAAGACAGGUCUAAAAGUUUUUCUCUGUAAAUAUUCAUCACCAUAAGUAUCUGCACUUUAAGUCUCUUAACCCUAUUUAAAUUGUUCAAAGUAAACUUGUGUUCUGCUCCUAAAAGACUUAAGGAUGAUGUCAUAUAUGGAAUUCAAAAUCUGUCCUAGGCUGACUGCUCUUUUAGCCUUAGCCAGAGGUGGAUGCAGGCUGUUAAUAAAAAGAUCUUUGUUUAUUAAUCAUUGAA